UAUUGAUAGUGACAGCUGUGUGUGCAUGUUGGAGUGAUCCUGUGGAUAUUAUGGGGUCGCUCUGACCACGGUCUCGGCUGCAGAGUCCACUUCGCAUUUUGAGCGACGCCCCCAAAUUCCGUGCAGAGUGUUUGCAGACCCUCCGGGACGGAGAGGUGGAGGAGGAAUCGGCAGCUCCGCCGUCCAUAUACACUACAAUCACCACGCCAUUAGUUUAUGACUUCAUUAUAUGUUUGACAGGAGAGUUUGGACCGUAUUUGGAAGCUCUCCAGGACUCUGAGGCUGCAGCAGAGAAUGGGAAUAGGGACACAGGCCAAGGCUUGCCAUUUUGGCUGAAGUAACAGCAGGACGGUUGUCAACCCCGCAUCGGCUUCAAUCCCCCUCUCCCUCACCUCUCCUCCCACACACACACACACACACAAACUCACACACACACAAGGACAGACACCCCCACACACAGCCACGGCUAUGUCCACUGCCGUAGACAUCGCUGGCCCUUCCUCCCCAGAUCAGGCCCACAGCAGCGCCAAAAUCCCCAAUGAGCCACUGAGACCCAGCCUUAAGCGCUCCAACCACCCCUACAGCCUCUCCCAUUACAUCUCCACCCCUUCCCCGGCCGUGGAUGUCAAAAGCCUGAUCCAGCCCUCCCCGGCCCAGCAGCGGGCCGCCCAGCCUGCGCACACCAAGCCGCGCCGGGCCCCCUCCUGGCCCGACAUGUGGGAGUCGCCCAGCGGGCUCCACCUGGCCCACGCCGCAGAGCUGCUGAUGCGCGCCGGGCUGCUGGCUCUGACCCCCGCCACCACAGAGCAGGCCGGCCUGGGCGCGCAGAGCAGCCAGCCGGCUAAAAGAGAGGUUGCGGAGGCGAAGGGUGGAAACGGAGACGGGGAGGGAGGCGGAUCAGGGCCCGAGGAGGAGGAAGAGGACUCCUCUGGAUGUGGCGCUGACUUCCAACCCUUCCUGGGCGCCUGGUUCCCCUUCAGCCCCGCUCUGUUCCCUCUGGCGGGAUUCCAGAUGGGGGGAGGCCACUGGAGGAGUGCGGCCAUGGGAGCAGAGGGCAUCGAAGGGCUGGUGGCCGAGGGCUACUCUCCUGGCUCUCUGGGCGGGAGCAGCGGAGGGAGGAGGAAGAGGAAGAGGUGCGGGGAGUGCGUACCUUGUCGGCGUCAGACGAACUGCGAACAGUGCAGCAGCUGCCGCAAUCGCAAGAGGGGACACCAGAUCUGUAAAUACAGGAAGUGCGAGGAGCUGAAGAGGAAGCCAGGCGGUCCGGGGUUUGAGAGCAGAGUGUCUGGGUUUGAUCUAAGGGGCUCCGACUUUACUUUGGGUCUGGCACAGGAGAGAAGCAACGGCGCUUUGGAUGGAUAGUAAUGUAUGUGGCGGCAGCAUUUGUCAGAGGAUCCUGGUUGGAUGAUUGUUGAGGAGCUGCAGGACACCAUGUUAACACUCUCGGACUGUGGUUUCAAAGAUCUGGUGUUUGAUGAGGAGCUGCAGCUCCGUUUCAGAAUGUCCACACUCGUUCCCAUCCUUUCUUUUGACAAUCAGUGAAUCGGAGAGGAGAGAAAGAAGGAUACCAAUGUGUGUCAAUAUUUAGAUGACGACAAAAAUGCUGUAAAUAGACUGUAAAUAUCUGGAAAACAUUAUGUCUUUUUUUACAUCCCUUUCCAGUUUGGAUGUAUUGUGUUUCAACAUAAAAAAAGGAGCCAAAUGUUUUGUUUCUAAUGGGGGAGUUUUGUUUCUGUUGUUCUGACGUCACUGCAUCAGUAAGAAAUGAAUGAGUUCAGCCUAGGCUAAAUUAUUUCAUGUGCAACUUGUACUGUAUAGCUCUGUUUGCCCUUUUGAAAUAAAAGAAAUUGGCCAUGUGCA